AUGUCAGGAUCAUUUUGGAAAUUUGGACAAGAUUUUAGUUCGCAGUCGCCCCUAUCUAAGCUGCUGAAUAAGGCUUUUAUCAAGAUUGACAGUGAAUCCGCUAUUGCGGAAGUGAUAGAAAAAACCGAUGCUAGUAGCACUGACGAAAGUUUGGAAGGCAAUUCCUUCAGGUCAGAAGACGAGGAGGAAGAAGUGUGUGAGCCGCCAAAUACAGAAGAAGAAUACAAAGUCUAUAAGCCUAAUUUGUUACUUUUAGACGACCUCUUAGAUGAUGAGGAGUUAUAUACGGAACUAAUGUGCUCUAACUUCAAACUGCUAGUAUACUUAAAAUAUCCUGAAGUUCUGUCCAAAUUGAUAGAUUAUGUAAGAAAUAAUGCCAUACUGGAUUCCAGUAUUGAUAGAGUUAUUUCAGACAACACCAAUUUAGUGGAUGACAAAGAGGAGGACACAACUGAGGAUCCUGAGAGCUUUAAAAGAGAUACAGAGAGCGGAGAUAACAUUCCUGAAAGGAAAGAGAAAGGCCAUGAUGAUAAGGAAGAGGAUAUAGAAGGUGAAGAAGACGAUAAUGUCUCUGUGGAUACGAGGGUAACUCUUCCUCAUGAAAUAGAAGAGCACGAUGAUAUUAGAAGGGCCAGAAUAGCGGCUGAAGUACUAUCCGCUGACGUUUGGCCCAUAUCGUCCGCCUUAAUUGAAAACGAAGGUCUCCUAACCAAAGUUUGGUCGAUUCUUAGCCAUUCUUCCCCAUUGUCAAUAGAGGCAUCAACAUAUUUCAUGAAAAUCAAUGAGCGUCUCUUGGAUAUGGACAUGGAUGGUGUUAUCGGAUUCAUACUGAAAAAAGAAUACAUUGUUGAUGAUUUCUUGGUACACAUCGAUAAUCCGCCGUUGAUGGAUUUUUUAUUAAAGGUAAUAUCUACAGAUAAAUCAGAAGUAUCAAAUGGAGUUAUCCAACUGUUUAAAAAACAGAAUUUGGUCCCCAAGCUAGUCCAUCUACUCGAUCCUGUAUUUGAUUCUUCAAUGCAAUCCGCAGCCGGCGACUUUUUGAAGGCUCUGGUCACCAUUAGCGGCAACUGUCCUAAUGAAAUCGCCUCAAGUAUUGGGCCCAACGAGUUGACAAGACAGUUAGUUUCGCCUGAUAUGAUGAAAAAACUUAUGGAUAUAAUGCUCAAAGGCGGUACUUCGCUGAAUAAUGGUGUCGGGAUAAUUAUUGAGCUGAUAAGAAAAAAUAAUUCAGAUUACGAUGCGAUACAGGCAAAUUAUACCACUAUCAAAACCCAUCCUCCAACGGACAGAGACCCGAUUUAUUUGGGAUAUCUAGUAAAGCUGUUUUCGGAACGCAUGCCUAAAUUUAACGAAAUAUUAACCGAAAAGAAAAUCGCCCCUUUACGAACAUCCUAUGGGACAAUCGAACCCUUGGGAUUUGAGAGAUUCAAGAUUUGUGAACUUAUUGCGGAAUUGUUACACUGCUCAAAUAUGACUUUAUUGAAUGAACCAAAUGGUUACAGUAUUGUAAGAGAACGUGAUGCCGAAAGAGAACGAAUCUUUAAUGCAGAGGAUAAUGUGAACUCCAGUGACUUUAAUGAAUCAAAAGAAGAUGAGGAUGAGAACGAUGGAGAUGCUGAUGAAGAGGAAGAUGAUACGAAUCAAAUAGAAUCUACUGGCACCUCAGUAGAUGGGGAAGAAGUUAUUGAUAAAUUAAACUCAUUACAAAUAGAGACUGAUAAAGUAAACCAGGAAAUAAACAGUGACGAGAAGGAUGGUUUGAUACCAGAUUUCAACAAUGGGAAUCUACAGGAAGAAAACGAAAAUCCGUUCGAACCACAAUAUUCAGAUGUCAUUCUAGAUUCUUUCGACAUGGAAAAGAAAUUUCGCAUUUCUCCAAACGUUGGUGAUCAACUGAAAAUUGCUCUACAGGAUACUAGGGUGAUAGAUACUAUGCUUGAAAUGUUUUUCCAUUUCCAGUGGAAUAAUUUUCUGCAUAACGUAAUCUAUGAUGUUAUUCAACAAAUAUUCAAUGGUCCACUGAAGAUAGGUUACAACAGAUUUCUUUUGAGCGAUCUUCUAACCAACAUCUGUUUAACCGAUAUGAUUAUUAACGGAAAUAAUGAAUGUACGAAAUAUGAGGAAGCACAUAACUCAAGACUUGGAUACAUGGGUCACCUGACUCUAAUUGCCGAAGAGGUCACUAAAUUCACUGCAUACAUUGAAGAGAUGAACAUUAGCUUCGAGAACACUAAAGUAACUAACUCUUUCUUUGAGAGUAAGUGGGUUAAAUAUACUGAGGAUGUGUUAGAGGAUCUAAAGGGGAAAUACAAUGCAAUAUUAGGUGAUGUUGCCGAAGAAGGUGAGAUACUGGGAGAUGAAGAAGACGACACCGUCUACGGCAAGGCAACGCAUUCCGGGGGCAGCGUUGACGACUAUAUUAACGACAUAAUGCAAAUGGACAAUGUAAAUGGCCAAGGAGAGGAAAGUGAAGAGGCAGAAGGAUACGACGGCUUGGAUGAAGACAAAUCUCAGGAAUAUUGUCAUGAUAAUUCUAUAAAAAAAGGAUCACGUGUUCCAUCUAAUGAUGAACACGACGAAGCACAGCUAUAUUACGAAUACGUCAGCGAAGACGGGACAACAACAAGAUUAAACUUCAAUCCAGACCCUGAUUCUGAAGAACAUGAUUUGAAUGAGCUGGAUAAUAACGACAAAAUACCCUUAAAGCUCAAACGAAGCUUCACGGACGCAUGCAAGCCCGAAAUAAUACCGGAUAGUACCAUUCAUGCUGAAGAAGAAAAUGACUUUCAACUAAGCGCGGAAUUGAACGAUGACUGGGAGUCGUCACCUUCUAAUUCCUUGCCUAAAAGAGCAUCUCCUUCCAAAAAUGGUACCAACUCACCUAUAUACCAGCAUCAAUUUGAACUUCAUAGCCCCACAAAUGAGUGUGAAGAUUACAAGGACGGAAUAUUAAAAGCGGAAGAUCGUGAUUACGACAUUGAGGAAUAUGAUGAACUGAGCGAUGAUAGCGAUGAAGAGUACGAUAACUGCGAAGAUGAAGAUGAUUUAGACGAUGCGACUUCUAGUGCAUACGCGUUAUGUAGAUCCAAAAGUAAAGACAAGAUAUCAUGGGACGAAGAGGAGCAUGCCAGACUAAUGGGCGUUGUAAAAUUUAAUUCAGAGCAUUACAGGGACUAG